AUGGCUAACGACAGCAGUGUGUACUCGUCCGGCCAGUUCAUGAACCCUGGCCCGGCUCCUCGACCUCCUACCGAUCGCCCCCGCCUCAAUCUCACUCCCAAUACCAACCUUCCCGGCAGCAUGGCCAACAUGACCAUAUCCCCCGUCCGGAGCACGGCAACAUCCACAUACACCGGUUCCACCAUCUCACUACCCAUCGCGCGCCAGAACUCCAACCAGACCAAUGGUAUGGGCGGUGUCGCCGUGAGAAAAGAGGGCUGGGCGCAGGUGAAGGAGGGCAAGAACUUCAUUAACCCCUGGAAGCAGAGACUGCUUAUUCUCCGCAAAGAGUCGCUCGAUUUCCACAAGCAAGAAGGAGGCAAGGUAGCCUAUACCCUCUACCUCAAAGACGUGGUCAACGUGGGCCGCGUCGAAGCUGCGGGCACCAUCUUCGAAAUCAAACGGAACGCCAAUGGCUCUUCCAACAGCCCCGGCGAGGAUGACGGUCAGACCAAGACGCUGCAAAUUCGAGUCAAGAGCGACGAUGACCUGUACGACUGGAUCGAUCUCAUUUACGGGUCGUGUCCCGGAAUGGGCGGCGUCAGCAACCCCACAAACUUCUCGCAUGCCGUGCAUGUGGGGUUCGACCCCCAGACGGGCGAAUUCGUCGGACUGCCACCAGAAUGGUCCAAGUUGCUGAAUUCGUCAGCCAUUACCAAGGAAGACUACGAGCGCAACCCCCAGGCCGUGUUUGAGGCGCUCGACUUCUAUUCCGACUUGAAGAAGCGCGAACAGAACCCUCUUCAAUACUCCAGCCUCACACCUACCCCGCCUCCGGGAAGCCAGCAAAAUAAACAGCUCGGCUAUGGCGGGGGCGGUGGCGGUGGCGGCGCGGGAGUGGCGCCGCCCCGGCCCAUGCCGCCCUCCCAGAUGCAACGGCAGGCGAGCAACACCAGUGCCAUGUCCGCGGCCCAAGGACCCAGGAAGCCCUCCAUAGAGCGCGAGAGGGAACGAGAGCGUGAACGUGAACGGGAGAAGGAACGAGAGAGGGAGCAGCGCGAACGUGAGGCUCAGCGUCAGAAGCAAUUGGAAGCCCAGAGGCAGCGUGAGCGAGAGACGGAGGAGGCCAGCCGCCGCGAGUUGGAGGCGUAUAAUGCGUCGCUCCCCAAGUCCAAAUUGCCUCUCGCACAACAGGAGAUCGGAGGAGGCUAUGCCGGGUCUUCGCCUGCAACGGACAGAUAUAACCCCUCUAGGGCAGCACCACCGGCACCAAAGCCGUCGAACCAACCGGUCAAUGGUCUUCGCGCCCAACGGCCAGCUCCUUCUCCGCCGACGGCUGGUUCACGGAACCAGAUGGCGUCGCAAGCCGCGUCUGGCUCCAUGCGUGAUCCGCAGGCGCAACGGACACGGCCCGACCGGCCCGACCAGCCCGGCCCUCCGCGGUAUCCUAACGUCAGCGCGGCCGGUGCCGGUCAACCGAGAGCCAACGGCCCAGCCCAGGCCCAGCAGGCGUCCCGUCUCCCUGCGCCCGUGAAGCCCCUGAAUGUGAACAAGGCACAGCCUCCGCAGCAGGCCGAUCCGGUCAAGACGGCCGAGGCACCGCUUUUGGCCAAGCCGUCGCCGUCGCCGUCUGAGCGUAAGCAGGACGUGCGCAUGUCGACCAUGUCGGAGAGUGAGGUCAUGGCCCGACUCAGAGAGGUGGUGUCCAAGGAUGAUCCGAACUUGUCCUACUCCAAGCAGAAGAAGAUCGGACAAGGCGCGUCGGGAUCGGUCUACGUGGCUAAGAUCAAGGAGGGUGCGACGUCGCCUAUUGCGCGCGAGGUGCUCCGGUCGCAGGGCAUGCGCGCGCAGGUUGCCAUUAAGCAGAUGGACCUCGCUCACCAGCCGAGGAAGGAGCUCAUCGUGAACGAGAUCAUGGUGAUGAAGGAUAGCAGGCAUCCCAACAUUGUCAACUUUUUGGACGCUUUCCUGCGGAACAACAACUCGGAGCUCUGGGUGGUCAUGGAGUAUAUGGAGGGAGGUGCACUGACCGAUGUCAUUGACAACAAUCCAACCAUUACUGAGGAGCAGAUCGCCACCAUAUGCUUGGAGACCUGCCGUGGCCUCCAGCACCUCCACUCCCAGAAUAUCAUUCACCGAGAUAUCAAGAGUGACAACGUUCUCUUGGACGCUCGUGGCAACGUCAAGAUUACGGAUUUCGGCUUCUGUGCCAAGCUCACGGAGACCAAGUCGAAGCGGGCGACGAUGGUGGGCACGCCCUAUUGGAUGGCACCGGAGGUGGUCAAGCAGAAGGAGUACGGCCCCAAGGUAGACAUCUGGUCGCUGGGCAUCAUGGCGAUUGAGAUGAUCGAGUCGGAACCGCCGUACCUCAACGAGGAACCGCUCAAGGCUCUGUAUCUGAUUGCGACCAACGGCACGCCACGACUGAAGAAGCCGGAGAGGCUGAGCAAGGAGCUCAAGGCGUUCCUGUCGGUUUGCCUGUGCGUGGACGUCAAGAGCCGAGCUUCGGCCGAGGAACUGCUCUUGCACGACUUCCUCAAGCACGGUUGCCCCUUGGCUAGCCUUGCGGAGCUGUUGGCCUUUAAGAAGCAUGCCAAGUAA